AUGGGCGACCAACUGCAGGUGGACCCUGCGUGCCAGUGCCCGGUGCGCCCGGUGGACGGAUACGUGAGCCGGGGGGACCGCAAGCCAUACCUCUCGCAUCUGCUGCAGCCGAGCGCCUCGCCGCAGCAUCUGCUCGCGGUGAGCGACGUGCCGGCGCUGCUCCUCUUUGACAAGGCGCGGCUUGCCCAACCUAUGCGCACGAUUCCUGUGCCGGCGGACGAAAACAUUACUGGUGUUGCGAAUGUCGAGUACGCGUCCGCGGCAUGGGCGGGCUCGUCGCAGGCCGGCUACAUUGCGCUAUGGGAUGCGCGCUCGCAGAGCGCCGACGCGGUACGCCUCGCUGGCCCUAGCGGCGCACCGUACCUGUCGGUCGCCGCGAACGGGCCGCACAUUGCCGCAGGUACCGAGCUCGUGGGAGCCGAUGCCGCGAUUGAUUUGUGGGAUAUGCGGAAUCCACAGACGCCGCUGUGCACGUACGGCGACGUGCACUCGGACGAUAUCAUGACGCUGACUUUUCACCCCGAUGCCGCGGCGCACCCUAAUAUCCUCCUGAGUGGCGGUAUGGAUGGCCUCGUGAGCGCAAUUGAUACCACGAUCGCGCAGGAGGAGGAUGCUGUGAUCUCGGUGGGAAAUACGGAUAGCAGUCUUGCGCGCGUCGGCUUUGCGACGCACGCACCGUCGUACCGCUACGCGCCCAAGACGCCCCCCACCGAUGUGGAUCUGGACGAAAAGGACCUGGCACUCAGCACCGAUCCCCGGCGCACGGCGCUCGGCCCGGUGUAUGCGGUGAGCAACAUGCAGACGCUCGGCGUGUGGGACGCGGACAAGUUUGACUGUAUCGUAUCCGACGUCGCUGUGCGCACUCCUACGAGUUUCCGGCCACCGUGGGUUACCGACUAUGUUGUAGACGCCGGGAGCGUACUGCCUACACCGAUCGUGGCCGAUGCUGGCACCGUGCGCAUUCCCAUGAUGGUCGGCGACCAAGAAGGCGGCGCGGCGCUCAUCAGCGUGGACGUCGACGCGAGCGACGCAUCUGCGCAGUGGACGCUGCACGCGCGCCUUCCCUGCGCACAGACCUCGAGCCAGGCGCAUUCCGACAUUGUGCGCAGCGUUGCAUGGGAUGCGAAUACGCAGCGCCUCUUUACCGGUGGCGAAGACGGCAAGCUCCUCGCUUGGGCACUCGACGGAAGCACGCCUCAAGCAGCGCACCAUCUGGUGCCCGACCAGCUUGGCCCGCUGCUAUAUGUGCGGCACCCCGUCUCUCAAGCCCCGCCGCAGCCGCACGCGCCGUGUGCGGUUAUGGUGUGUGGCUGGAUGGAUGCCCAGCUGAAGCACGUCGACAAGUAUGCGAAGCCGUACUCUGAGAUGUAUCCCCAUGCGACGGUGCUGAUCCAGCUGUCCACCGCCAAGUCCGCUUUUUUUACGACACGCGAAGGUAACCGCCCCGAGGCCGAGACGUCGCUCGAAGUGCUCCGCUCGGCCUCAGACCGUGCGCGGAGCAUGGUGCCUGGCGAGCGCCCGACGGUCCUGUUCCACUCCUUUUCAAACGGUGGUUUUAUUCCGCUCAUGACGCUCCUGUACUUUGGGUGCAAGGACCCUAUGCGCCUCCCGCAACCGCUCGCGCACAUUAUGGAGUGCUCACCCGGCGUGCUGAGCGGCAAGACACUCGCGGAUGCCAUGACCGUCGCCGCAGACACCAGCACAAUGUACGGUCGCACGAGCGAGUGGAUGUCGCGUACGCUCAGCCGUGCGCUCAUGGACGGAAUUGCCGGCUACUCGCUGGCGCGCGGCCAAGAGCACCCUUUCGAGCAGGCCAAGCGCGAGUUCAACGAGCCGGCGACGUGGGCAUGGAGCGAUGCGCCGGCGCGAAUUCCUCCUCGCCUCUAUACGAUGACGCUCGCGGACCAGUUCAUUCCUCCUGACCGCGUCUACAAGCAUGCGGCGCAGAUGAAUGCGGCCAUCACUGGCCACGCCGGCGAUGUGCCGGUGGUCGACAUGGAAGGCCUCGCGCCCGAAGACGUGCGCCUGAACAAUGUCCCGGUGCAAAUCUGCCGCUGGGAGCAUGCGAUGCACUGCGCGUUGGCUCGCCAUGCGGGCCCUACGUACUGGACGGCGAUCCGCCAAUUCCUUACCUCGGUGGUGGCUACGGGUGUGGCACCGCAGAGCAAACUCUAG